AGACAGCUGGACCAGCUGGGCAUCCCAACGGGCUGGACUGGUCCCUGGACCACAGCACUCUCUACCAUGUGGACAGCCUGGACUACUCUGUGCGGGCCUAUGACUACGACGUGCAGACAAGAGGCCUGGCAAACUCACGGCUGGUGUGCCAGCUGGAGCCAGAGCAAGGCAUGCCAGAUGGGCUGUGCGUGGACACCACGGGGACACUCUGGGUGGCCUGCAUUGACGGAGGCAGGGUGAUCCGCAUGGACCCCGAGACAGGGACGAGGCUGUGCACCCUGGAGAUGCCAGUGUCCAGGGUGAUGUCCUGCUGCUUCUGGGGCAGGGGGGGCCUGACUACUCCAACUGGGUGUGACCUCUGCAGUGGACAGCCUGAGUCCAGAGCAACUGUUGCGGGAGCCACAGGGAGGACACGUCUUCAAGGUCACAGGCCUGGGGGUGAGGGGCCUCGCAUCCUGCCCCUUCGCUGGCUGAGGGACCCCACCGUCCAGCGCAGCUUAAGCCAGGCCUUGGUCCCUGGGGUCGGGCCAGGCUCAGCUCUGGCAGGGCGCUCCCUGCCUGACCACUGUGCACAGCUGACAAUAAAUGUGGCCACCUCAACAUCAUCUCUGCAGCUGCUGCCCCCCAGGGACUGCCCCACAUUCUGUCCAGGGUCAUCCAGCUUCGGCUUGUAAUGCCCUUGUGUGUUCUCCAAGGUCCCCACAAGUCACCUGCAGUCCCCAGAACAUUUGGCCGACACUGGUGUCUCUGAGGUUGGCCUCUCUGCCUCCACUUGGUGCUGGGUCACUGAGAGCUGGAACCUGAGCAUGGGCUGUAGCUGUGCUGGACGUGCACAAGUCCAUCUGCCAGGGAUCGAGCUGGACAUCAGGUUCCUUCACAGCACUGGGCACCCAGCGCCUCUACUUCCAAACAGCCCAUUUACCCCUGAAAGGCACCCGCACUCCAGCAGUGACCCUGUCCCCUGCCCAGCCCCAUCACCUGCCCACUGCCUGUGUCUGGAUGGCCUGCUGUGGAUAGGUGCUGCCCACGGAGUCCACACUAUGUGACCCUCUGUGUCAGCUUCUCUCACCAAGCCCCAGGUCUCAAGGUCCGUCCCACUUGCAGCACGUGUCAGAGCUGCAGUCCUUUUCAGGGCUGAGUAAUAUUCCAUCAUGUGGAUGGACUCAUCCUGUUCCCUAUUCCUCUUCAGUGGACACUUGGGUCACUUCUCCCUUCUGACCCUUGUGCAUGGUGCUGCUAUGAAUAUUCACACACAAGUUUUCAUUCCAGCGUCUGUUUCUGGGUCUUCAGGGACGUACCUAGUCUGCAGGUGCUGGUGGAGUGGGAACUUCCUGCGUAACCCCGAGAGGCCCCUGGGCACUGUCCCUGCACAGGGGCUCCACGCUGCCCUCCCACAUACACAUGCUAAGAGUGAUGUAGAACGUUGAGUCCCCAACUCCAGAGGGCUCAGCACAGGGCUCACACAGGUGGCCUGCAGGUGCAGACGGCUGUGCUUGCCAGGUGCCGGGAGUCUCUGUCCUGGGGUCCCCGUGGUGAUGGUGGCAGAGUGCAGCUUGUGCUGUGGGCAGGGCCGGGCAGUGCUGUGACCAGGAAGGGAUGUUCUGGGGCUCGAGCCUCCAUCUGGGAGUGAGGCCUGUGUGAAGUUGGUCCUGGCCAAGUGGUCAGUCCUGGAGAAGGAUGGCUGGGCUGGGAAGAGGGAGAGACCUGGUCUCAGGUGCAGCCCCCGAUACAGUGUUCUGAGGGGCCAGGCGGGGACCUUAGGGAGGCCAAGCAGGGGCCCAGGAAGUGGGCAUCCUCCUCCUGGCCACCACUGUCUGUUCAGGGACUGGGAGUCCAGGAGGCAACUGUGUGGGAGACCAACUUUGCACAUGACUGACUCAUAGUCCCCGGCUGGGUGCUGAGGCACUCAGUCACAGAAACAUGGCAGAGCUUUCCCCACCUUCUUGGGUUCAAGGGUCAGUGUCUCGGGCAUGGUAUGUCCUGCUACAGCCCCAUGAGUGAAGCUACGCUCACCUGUUCCUUUGCAAUAUAACCCCUUGCCCUGUUUAGGGUAGAAUCUUCCAUGGAAGUGCCUUGUGUGUGUUCCCUUCUCUUACCAUGCCCUUGGGUGUGGCCUACCCAGGUGUCAGGCAACCUGCUGACAGUGAACAUCAUGAAGAUAGAGUGAGCCCCCUGAAACCUGACCCCUUGCCUCAUUUGAAUAGCUUCUCCUCAAUAAAAGGAGUCAGCACAUGCUCUCACUCUCUCUUCCUGCUGACCCUUAAGGUCAGAGGAGCCUUCACAUUGACCCCAAAGAAAAAGGUAUUUGUGUCUCUUGUGUGGUCAUUUUGCACAGCCCAGUCAGCCCAGUUUACCUGGAGUGACCCCUGAGCCUUUUAGUUGCAAGAAGAGAAACCUGGCACAUGAUUUUGGAAAUUCAAGUGGAAAUGAAACCCAUUAAACACUAUUUGUCAAAAAGUGGUGAUUGAACAAGCUUUGGAAACUAUAUUCAGUGAAAUGAAAGUAUAUGCAAACCAAAAUUUCCACAAAAAUUGACUCAUAGUCAUCCAUAACUAAAAUUUGAAAAAAAAAUUUAAAGAGAAACAGAAGAAGAUCCAUGUAAUCUUAGAGAGUGGUAACUGUGUGUGUGUUGUGUAUGUGUGUAUGUGUGUGUAUUCUGGAACUGGGGAUCAAAUGCAUGGCUGCACACAUGGUGGACAACCUCAGCUACAUACAACCUCAGCUACAAUACUCAGCUACAUCCCUAGCCCUUGGUGAUGAGUUUUAACACACAAUACUAAAAGUCAAUCAGCAGAAGAAAAUAUUGAUAGCAUGGACUUUACAAAAUUAAAUUUUUACCAAGUGUGGUGUUGCAUGCCAAGAAUCCUAAUUACUCAAAAAGAUGAGGCAGGGGGGCUGGGGAUGUGGCUCAAGCGGUAGCGCACUCACCUGGCAUGCGUGCGGCCCGGGUUCGAUCCUCAACACCACAUACAAACAAAG